GUUGCCGAGUGGUCAAGUGUCGUGCGUUUAUCGUGCGUGCGGUGUUGUGCGGUGUGUAGUGGCUGUUGCAGCGUUCAAGGUCGCAAUCUUGGUCGCUACGGAACCGCUGAUAGCUUCUAGAUGUGUUCUUGAGAAGAGUGGACGAUUUUCUUCCGAUCGAUAUAUGUGAGGACCUUCGUACUGGGCUCGAGCGCACAGCACACUGCAGCCUCGUUAUAGCUGCCGGCGAGGCGAACGCGAAGUCUGUCGACCGUAACGCUGAUGGUACACGGCGCGUUAUCAAAAGGCCGCACAGAAUUCCAAGGACUAAGCACACAGCACCGGAGAUGACUGAAGUGAAGGCUAAGUUCCCAGAAGUGAAAUUUCAAGAAGUCCAGGAAGUUCUAAAGCAUCAUGGCGAGAAAGGAUCCGUGAUAGAUGUCCGCGAGCCGCAGGAACUCAUCGAAGAUGGCAGAAUAAAAGGCUUCAUCAACAUUCCUUUGAAAGAUGUGCAGCAAGCAUUUGCAAUGAAUCCUGAGGAAUUCAAGCUUCGUUACAAUGCUGACAAGCCCGACCCCAAGAAAGAUGUCAUUUUCAGCUGUCGCUCUGGAAGAAGGGCAGUGAUGGCUGCAGAGAAACUACAGGAAUUGGGCACCUAUCACAAAAUCAAGGUGUAUCCUGGAAGCUUUCAAGACUGGGUUUUGCACAAUGGUGAGUUCACACAAGGACCUGAAAAGGGGCCCGAGGGCACUGGUGAUGCGAAGAAAAAGGAAGAUGAAAGUGCUGGUUCAGAUGCAGAUGAUUAGUUGCAUUAAUAAAUGCUGCUUACUGAAAG